CACAAGCACACAUUUCGAAAAGUAAGCCGAGAUCGUUUUUUGAGGAACAUCAAAUUAUACAACAUAUUAGUAAUGAGCUUGUGGUUGUAUUCGAAUCUACUUUGUUUUUGAUGAUUUCAAUAGCGUACAGUUUGUUAAAUGACAUCCAUGGAUCCUACAGUAUGACGAAUCUCCACUUGCGUCCUUUGUUUUUAAUAAGAGCAGGUUUUCUUGAACGCUAUGAGAUCAAGCGCCAAAGCUGUCUUCACUAGACAGAAUCCAUUUCCUCCGGAUCCCCCUUUGUCCAGGAGCCACUACAGUCCAUCUAGGUCCAGAAAAAUCCCAAAGCAACAAAAAAGACUGGCCUUAAGUCCUGUUCGGUUUACUGAGCCCCCCAGUCCUUCAGAACCUCCUACUCAGACAUCACCUUCGAGGACGUCGGAUCAGGUCUUCCAUGAAAGAUCUCGUAGUGUCCUGCUCUAUCCUCCUUCUACUGAAUGCCAGCUGAGCUUCUCUGAGUCUUGGCCUUCCACUGACCUGAGUUGCUCUACAGACAACAUUAACAAUUCUGCCUGCUCUGAAAUUCAGAUUCAAGCCAUGAGAAACAUGGUUGCACCAACGAUAAUUGAGGAAAAGGAACCCACAGUUCUUGCAAAGUACAUUGAACGCUUCCGUUUCGGAAAGCCACAGAGUCGGGAAGAAAGACGCCUUCAGGCAACUGAUGCAGAAGAUGACCAGCCGUUUUGGUGGACGUCCGGUUCAGAGAAAUAUAUCAGAGCACCACUUGACCUCAUGACCAGCAUCCAGAGCCCAAUCUCAAAGCCACUCCAUGAUGAAACCACACUGUCUCCAGCUAGACAGGCGCUCGACCUUAGUAUAUUGACGUUAUCUGAAUCGUCCCACUGCGCUCAAGAAGAACCAAAGAUACUGCAGCUACAAGAGCGAGCCGGCCGAUUACUGCAGAGGAGCGAGCACUCGCUCAGCAGUGUCUCCGUGCCUAUAAGCUCUGAGGGUCUAGGCUGCUCCGAUUUCUCCUCCCCCGUAAGCACGGAUGAGCCGGCCCGAAGACCACUCGUGUCCACCUUAAUGGGAUCAAACAAUAUGAUUGCAGAGCCCAGUCUUCUUCCUUCCGUUGGUUCAGAGAGGUCAGGCGCCCGCCGUGAAGAUGACAUUCUGUUUCAGUGGCGACUAAGGAGGAAGAUGGAACAGGCCAGACAAUGGAAUCAGGAGGCCCCUUCCCACAAUUCUGUUCUCCAUAUACCUCUAUCACCAAACCAGUUUCAGAAGACACACUGUAACACUUUAAACAGCACGCCUCAUCAGAGAGCAAACCUCUCAUUCACACCAGUCACCCUCGCCAGCCUCGAUCCUCCAGUCCCUGAGUCUGCUCUCCCUAUUUCAAGCCCCAGCAUCUCCAGACUCCAGCCUGAUGAGCGCCCGGACUCCGACAUCCAACUUAAACCCCUUUCCCAGCAGAGACUGUCCUCCAGAAAAGCUGUCGCUAAGAGUCUGGAAGCCCCUUCCACCCAACCACAACCUCACAAGCCAAUCAGAACGCAAGUCAGCGUCCCAGAGACCUCGGAAGAUCACCACAGAAUGCAGAUAUCCUCUUCUCCAUCUCCACAGACUUCUGACAGCGCCGAGGAGCAGUGGGUGGCCCCUCACCAUAAGAGUGACAAAGCAGUCAAGGAGAAAACUGAAAAUGAGAGACGUGAGAAGGCGAUUGCACCUUCAAGCCGAAAGAAAAAAUCUGAAAGACGUGGUGUGGAGCGAGGCAGCAGUGCAGUGAGGGUCAGGCGUGCUAGGGGUCACGAAGGGGGCAUUCGUAAACCGGAGGAGCCGACUGGAAAUAGCAGGUGGCAGGAAGAGGGUCAAAGUUCAACACGAAGAGGACAAUCUGGAAAUCGAGCACCACCGCCUUCACCUAUACAUAAUGCUCUGGGACAGGUUGUCUCUGAGGUGCUUUUUGCUGGGACAGAUUCUCCAAGCCGGUGCAAGACUCCAAGUUCUUCAGAUUCCUCCGUGUAUACACCACCUCCACCCCCACAGUCCCCCGUUGCCUCGUGUUCCGGUGUACAGCAACCCUUGGAGGUCAUAGGUCAGCUCAUGCAGGACGCAGAAGACUCAGAUGGGGAGGAGUUUGAAGACGAUCCUUUGUUGCAGGUCCUCAGACAGCAGAGGAAAUGGGUGAAGGAACAACUUUGUGAGGUUGAUAAGAUGCUCCAGCAGCUUUGAUGCACCUGUUUACCGUUGCACUAUGUUUCUCCUUAUCAUGUUUAUUUUUGCUACUAUUUAUUUUUUGAGUUUUCUAAAUAAAGAUCUUUGCAAAUAAUCAAGGGUGGUACAUUACAUUUAUUGACAUUCAAACUGUACAUCACACAAAUGUUAAGAUUAACACUGAAAUUAUCGCUUUUUUUAAAAUAUGUACAAUCUCAACAUAGCCUAUCAAAACGAACUGAACUUCUCGUACUAAAUUCAGGACCGUGGGUUCGUGUUUGGAUGUUAACUUCAGGACAAAUUUGUCGCUCUUACUGGCUGUGUGCUAAACUGACAGCAAGUGUGAAGAAAAUGGGAUACGGUUUCCUUGUUGGCUUGAAAUCAAGUAUGUUUGGAAUUGAGCAGCCCACCGCCACAAGGG